UAACAUAGAUUGGAUCAAAAUGGCUGCCACAUUGUACUGAUGUCAACAAAUGAACAGUGAUGGCUGUACGUUCUUUUUUAAGCUAUAGUUUGGGACUUUAGUUUGUCAAGCAGUGAUACAGCUAAUUGAGUAAAUCAUAGAUAAAGGCACAGAAAAGAACUUUAAGCUUCCAGAGUGAAUAACUCCUUUAAAUAAAUCGAAUACGUUGAAACUUAUCACAAACACACACCAGUACAGGAAACCAGUCACAGAUCAGCCUAUUAUUUGCUGGUGAAAGUUUAUUUGCUAGUUGUCCUACUCCCAAAUACAAGCCAUGUGAGCUGAUGAGGAUGAAUAUUGCCAGAUCUGGAGAUGACACAGUGCUUUGCUAGAGAUGAAAUGAGGCUCCUGCUUUAUUCGCCAUGCAAAUAUUUAUAAUGACUUUGUUGGAACAUGGGAACAGUUUCAUCACACAAGGCCUUGCAUCUGAAUAUGACAAUGCAACUGCUCGUGAUGUGUGACAAGACUCUAAGUUCCCCCUGCUCUAAUACUACGCUCUGCAAUGGGGAUGUUGGCAUUCCUGUUGUGUCUCUCACAACAUCAUUUGAAGAUGUUGAAAAAUUGAAAAUGAAAAUCAGUGCGCAAACUUUGUAUGAUGGGGAUCACGUGAAGAAUAUACCUAAGGAAGAUUCUUGUGAUUCUUUGAAUGGUGAAUCUCAUUUAACAUGUGAAAACAAGCAAUUAGAAAGCGAAGUUCAGGUUUCAUCAGGGACACUUAAUAAGAGUGAAGAAAAUCAUGGAAUGAAUACUAAUGAAGGCUUUUUAACAAGCAAUCAUCUGUCUUUGAAAGAAAAUAGUGGUCAACAUGCAGCAAAAGAUAGUACAACUCUUAAAGGACCUGGCCAAGGCUUAUCAAUAUCAUGCAUCCCUCAACUUAGCUCAGAGCCAAAGAACCAUGUACCAAAAGCUGGCACGAAUGUAUCAGGUUCUGCAGUAAAUGAUUUACCUCUUGAGGUUGGUGCCAGUGCUCGUUUCUCAAAGGUCUUAGAAAACAUAUCAUUACCUCUCUUGUACAUACCUACUACGAAGCAACUUGUAACUACCGCCAGCAGUGAAAAGGCAUCAGAUUUAAACACAUCAUCAGCCUCUGCUCACGAGGAUGACAGCCUCAAUAAAGAUGGAGAGGCAACCAGUCGAGAUUUUUUGUGCAAUGACCAAGAGUCUUUGAGCAGCCCAAACCAGGACUUGUCUUCGAGUGCACUUCUUGCCCCUCCCCUUUCUAUGCAUAGAGCCCACAGCACUCAGGAGUUUCACUGCAUGGGCAAGUUCCCGGACACAGAUCGCCUGACUCUGCACAGUGUGGAUAGUUUCCAAGGCCUAGCUCAGCAUUUAGAGUUAAGCGGCAGUAACACUUUUGGUGAUAAUUCUAGUCUGUCAAGUGUAAGCACUGGAACUGAUUUCUCUGUUUCUGCUGUUUCCGCGGGUGAUGACUGCUAUCAUUCAGACUCAAGAAGCCUUUCACAACAUGUCACAGAUGAAUCUUUAUUUAUGGAUAUCAGUCUUCAUACACGGAACUCCUUUGACAAAGGUCGAACUUCUGCUUCAUUGGAUGGAAAAUUUAAAGAUGAACACAUUCCCGUUUCUCAGGCAGCAAAAAAAACACCUUUAAUUGGUCUGAAAAAUUUAUUCUCCAAACGAGCUAAAGAAGAAAGUGCUCCUGGCUGGAAACUAUUUGGGAAAGUUCCACCUAAAUCUGUUCCCCAUCGCAAUGCUAAAGAAAUAACAUCAGAGUUUCAGGCACGUCAGCGGAAAGAAGGUGCUGUGCCAGUUGUCCAAACCUCUGGCGUGAACCAUGGAACAGAAGUGAUGUCAACCACAGCACUCAUAUUGGAGAAUCGGCCAACGAACCUUCCGUGCAAAAGUCCCGAGGAGGCUGAGAAGCAUCGGCAGCAAUAUGAAGAAAUGAUAGAGGCAGCAAAAAGAAAAGAGCAAAAAGACAUCAAGAUGAAGAAAAAGCAGCUACAACAACAGCGGAAACUUGAGGACCAGCUCAUGUCGGCGGCUCGCCUGUGGAACUCAGAUAUUCUACCCAACUGGGACGCUAUGCGCAACACGAAGAAAGCUCGUGACCUAUGGUGGCAGGGCUUACCCCCCAAUGUGAGAGGCAAAGUGUGGAAACUUGCCAUUGGUAAUGACCUGAACAUCACGCAUGAAUUGUAUGAAAUCUGCCACGAGCGAGCUGAGGACAGAAUCAAACUGGUACAAGCAGAGAGUGGGCUGGCCACCUCCGCGUCAGAAGCGUCCUUGGGUUCCUUGACGAGCAGUUCGUCAAACAAAGAGUCCAGUGUAAAAGUUAUCAAGUUAGAUGUGUCUCGAACAUUCCCUCAACUAUGUAUAUUCCAAAAGGGUGGUCCCUAUUAUGACCUUCUCCACAGUUUGUUAGGUGCUUAUGCCUGCUACCGGCCAGAUGUGGGCUAUGUGCAAGGUAUGUCAUUUAUUGCUGCUAUCUUGCUGCUCAAUAUGGAUGUGGCUGAUGCCUUUGUCUGCUUCGCCAACUUGCUCAACCGACCAUGCCAGGUCACUUUUUUCCGCAUGGACGAGAAUAUGAUGACUGCAUACUACAGAACCUUUGAGGAAUUUUUCAAAGAAAAUCUGCCUAAGCUCUAUGCUCACUUCAACUAUCAUAGUGUUACUCCCAACUUGUACCUCAUGGAAUGGGUUUUCUUGCUAUAUAGCAAGUCACUGCCUCUGGAUGUGGCAUGCCGUGUAUGGGAUGUCUUCUGUCGAGAUGGCGAGGAAUUCUUAUUCAGGACUGCAAUAGGUAUCCUGAAGCUCUAUGAAGUGGUGCUGAUGAAAAUGGACUUCAUCCACAUGGCACAGUUCCUGACCAAGCUCCCAGAGGACAUCUGUGCUGAUCACCUGUUCAAGGAGGUGGAUGGUGUGAGGAUGAACAUCGACAAAAGAGGAUUCCAUGCUGUCCAUGCCUUUUUCAAAGACCUUCACGAAAAUACUUCGUUAUCAUAACACAGACCGAAGCCUGUUGUUUUAGCAUAGGGCAGACUCUGAGAUCAAAAUGUACUGGGGGGGGGGGGGGGUCAGGGAUGCAGCCAACAGACCACAAACAUAUAUUGUGUGCAGGAGACUCUAUAACUUUGGUUCAGUGUAUGGGCAAGGGGUUUGAUAAUUUUACUCUUUCUGUUGUGUUUAGUUUUAUCACAAAAAAAUUAUUUAGUUUUCUAUUUUUUAACGUAACAUUUUGUGAAAAGUGAGACUAAAAAUAACUGUUCGUUCUUCUGUUGUGGGAACAACACUAUUGGUCCUUUGCCCUAUUUUUCCAUUUUGCCCUCUUAGAUGCAUACUUUAGAAGAGGGCUCUCAUGACCAAGACGUUAGCCUCUCUUUUAAUUGGUCCUGAGUUUGAAUCUAGGUAGCGACGGAAAAUUUUCUUUUCUAAAAUUUUCUCCUUUCACAUCCUUUCUUGCUAUCUAAUAAUG